AUUCAGGAGAUUGAGCAUGUCCUGGGACUUGGUCCAGCCAAACAGUGUCCUCUCCGGGAGUUUCUCACCAUGUACAUCAAAAACAUCUUCCUCAACCAGGUCUUGGCUGAGAUCAACAAGGAGAUUGAGGGAGUCACCAAGACGUCUGACCCUCUGAAGAUUCUAGCCAACGCAGAUACCAUGAAGGUGCUGGGUGUGCAGCGGCCUCUCCUACAGAGCACCAUCAUUGUGGAGAAGACAGUGCAAGACCUCAUGGACCUGAUGCAUGACCUGAGCGCCUACUCGGACCAGUUCCUCGGCAUGGUGUGCGGGAAGCUCCAGGAGUACAAGGACACCUGUGCAGCAGCCUACAGGGGCAUUGUCCAGUCAGAAGAAAAACUUGUCAUCAGUGCAUCUUGGGCAAAAGAUGAUGACAUCAGCAGACUCUUGAAAUCUCUACCAAACUGGAUUAAUAUGGCUCAACCCAAACAAUUGAGGCCAAAGAGAGAAGACGAAGAAGAUUUCAUAAGGGCCGCCUUUGGCAAGGAGUCUGAAGUUCUUAUUGGGAACCUGGGUGAUAAGUUAAUCCCUCCACAAGACAUCCUUCGCGACGUCAGUGACCUCAAGGCCCUGGCAAACAUGCAUGAAAGCUUGGAAUGGCUUGCAGGCCGAACAAAGUCUGCCUUCUCCCAUCUCUCCUCAUCCCAGAUGCCUUCUCCUGCUCAGGACAGCCACGUGAAUAUAGAUCUCCCCCCAGUAUCAGAGCAGAUCACUCAGACCCUGAGCGAGCUCGCCAAGACAUUCCAGGAGAUGGCCGACCGCUGCCUGCUAGUCCUGCACCUGGAAGUGAGGGUCCACUGUUUCCACUAUCUCAUCCCCUUGGCAAAGGAGGGCAACUAUGCCAUUGUUGCUAACGUGGAAAGCAUGGAUUAUGACCCUCUGGUGGUCAAGCUCAACAAAGACAUCAGCGCCAUUGAGGAAACCAUGAGCGCCAGCCUUCAGCAGCACAAAUUCCAGUAUAUCUUUGAAGGCCUGGGACACCUGAUCGCCUGCAUCCUCAUCAAUGGCGCCCAGUACUUCAGGCGCAUCAGCGAGUCCGGCAUCAAGAAGAUGUGCAGAAACAUCUUUGUUCUCCAGCAGAACCUGACCAACAUCACCAUGUCACGGGAGGCAGACCUGGACUUUGCAAGGCAGUACUAUGAGAUGCUGUACAACACGGCGGACGAGCUCCUGAGCCUGGUGGUGGACCAGGGCAUCAAGUACACCGAGCUGGAGUACACACACGCACUGGCCCUGCUGCACCGCAGCCAGACCGGGGUGGGGGAGCCAGCGACGCAGACUGCAAGGCUGCAGCGUCUCCAGGAGCUCAUCUGUGAGCAGGCCGCCAUCAAGCAGGCCAGCAAGGACAAGAAGAUCACGACUGUCUAGCCGGGGCCCACAGGCCUUGGGCCUGCCCUGACUCUCCUUGGUAUUUGGCUUUCUCCACACUGAAGUGUUAGUGGAGCGGAGGGGUGGGGACCUUGACUCUUUCAUUUCGGCUUUUCACAUAGACCGUAGCAGAAGUCUGCAGUACAGAACAUAUAUGUUGAUCCGCUACUUUAGUGCAGUCAAGACUGACAGGACUGGGGUGGGACAGGGAGGAAGGUGUGUCACGUUCUGGGAUCUGAAUGUGAAUGAAUGAAUGGCUAACCCAGGCCUCCUUUACUGCCUGACCUGUAUGAAAUCCCAGCCUUGGGAGGUGGACCACUACCUAAGCUUUUGUCUCUUCCUGAAACCGUUUGCUAGGAUGGUGUCACUUAAACAGUAGGCUUUACUCUCCUGACCUCAUCAGUUUGCAGUUCCAUGAAAUGAGUGUAUGUGCAUUGUAUCCUGUCUCUGUUGCCAAAAUCAAACACAUGGCUUCUCAGCUGGCCAUGUUUCCAACAAACUUCCCUACCCAAUCAGGACCGCUGCGGGGAAGUCCUUUACUCCAACUCCUGGGAGAUUGCUGUGUGCCGCAGCUUGUGUACCGAUCAUUGGCUGGUUUAUGGCCUUUUUAUUUCUAAUGUAUAAAAACCAAGAGCCAUAAAAUUAGUGACAAAAAUGGAGCAUGAAAGUUGAUCUGACCACUGCCUGAUUUUCCCCCUUUGGUUUCCAAGAAAAAUAAUGGUUAGGGAACAUUUCAUCUCCUGCGAAAACCUCAUUUAGGGUAGGUGACUCUUGGGGGUUCACUUUACCACCUUGGGAGCCCCUGGGUCUUCCUCACCUUAGAAAGCAGCCCAGAACUGUCCAGCUGCAUGCAGGGAAGAGGGGACGGGUGACAUUCCUCCCCAGUGCCACCAAUCGAGCUGUCUCUGAGCUGCUCUCCACGGUGCACGUGUUCACCAUGUCCCCGUCCCCAGUCCUCUCCCUGCCCAUGGUCCGUCUGUCAAAGAGGCAGCAAUGCCCUGACUGGGACACAUCUUGGAAACAUGGAAAGAAGCUCAGGAAGGAGCCAACUGCACACAGCCAAGCCUCACACCCUGGUGGUUGGGAACUGUAUCCCUGCUUGUACAACUUUAGUCUUAGUGGCAGAAACAAAAUUAAAAAAUGCUUUGAGAAGCUUAAA